AUGGCCGCUUUACUGAUGCCACGCAGGAACAAAGGGAUGAGGACUCGACUGGGAUGCCUGUCUCACAAGUCCGACUCGUGUAGUGAUUUCACAGCUAUUCUUCCCGACAAACCCAACCGUGCUCUAAAGAGACUAUCCACAGAAGAAGCUACGAGGUGGGCAGAUUCCUUUGAUGUACUUCUCUCCCAUAAGUAUGGGGUGGCUGCAUUCCGCGCCUUCCUGAAGACGGAGUUCAGUGAAGAGAACCUGGAGUUCUGGUUGGCCUGUGAGGAGUUCAAGAAGACCAGGUCAACUGCAAAACUGGUCUCCAAGGCCCAUAGGAUCUUUGAAGAGUUUGUGGACGUGCAGGCUCCACGGGAGGUAAACAUAGACUUCCAGACCCGAGAAGCCACGAGGAAGAACAUGCAAGAACCAUCCCUGACUUGCUUUGACCAAGCCCAGGGAAAAGUACACAGUCUCAUGGAGAAAGACUCUUACCCCCGGUUCCUGAGGUCCAAAAUGUACUUAGAUUUGCUGUCCCAAAGCCAGAGGCGGCUCAGUUAG